GCGGAAUUUCGUUUGUUAUGAGAAGUGUGGUUGGAGGAUUGACUCCAGAGUCAGUAGGUGGAGAUGUUCCGUCGUGUGUUGGGGAAGACCCUGGGGUUUAUGGGAUACACAAUCCAGUACGGCUGCAUUGCACAUUGUGCCUUUGAAUACAUUGGAGAACUUGUGGUGUGUACUGGUCCAUCAAUGGAGCCUACGAUUGUCAACAAUGAUGUGGUCUUCUCUGAACGCUUGAGUCGUCAUUUUUGCAAAAUCAAAAAAGGUGACAUCAUAAUUGCAAAGAGCCCUUUUGAUCCACAUGUGAACGUUUGCAAAAGGGUCAUUGGGUUGGAGGGUGACAAGAUCUGCACGAGUGCCCCAUCAGAUAUUUUCAAGACCCACACAUAUGUUCCACAAGGUCACGUAUGGCUAGAAGGAGAUAAUCUUAAGAAUUCAACUGACUCAAGGACUUAUGGCCCAAUUCCCUAUGCACUCAUCCGGGGUCGUGUUUGCUACAAGCUCUGGCCUCCACAUAAUUUUGGGACUCUCAUUGAAAGAACAGUCAGAUAAUUAUCAGGCUGACGUGGACUGAAUCAUCUGUACACAUGCAGUCUAGUACGUUACUUUAUUUUCAGUUACUUUAAAAUAAAGCUCUUAUUUAUUAAAAGUCUA